ACCCCGCCCCUCCCUCCUCCAGAAGCCAGGGCCCUGCGGGUGGGGGCUCCGGUCCGGGCUUUGGCUGCGGCCCCGGUGUAGUAGCGGGGGCGGCGGCCGGGGGCAGCGCGACUCCUUCCCUUGUUGUGUGUGUCGGUGCCUCCUCGCCAUCUUGUUGCAAAGCCCUUUCUUGUCGGCGGGACUCUUGGAGGCCGCUGGGCGGGAGACAUCAGAAGAGAGCAAGAGAGGGAGGGGAAGGAGGGAGGCAGUGCCGCCUUUUUUUUUUGCAUCGAUUUUUCAAAUUUGCAAAUUUAUAUUUUGCAAAUAUUUUGGGAGACAUUGAUUUUCCUGCCCGUGCUCUCCCCGUUCUUUCCUGUGGAGUGCGCUGCGCCGCCCAGUCCUGUCGCCCCCCGGAGGUGAUCCCUCCCUCCUGCCCGCCCGCCAGCCUGACCUGUGCCUGGCUCGCGGGCCGCAUCUUCGGCCCCGGCGCGCCCCCGGCCGCUCUCGGCGCGAUGAGCAUAGAGACGCUACUGGAGGCGGCUCGCUUCCUGGAAUGGCAAGCGCAGCAACAACAGAGAGCACGUGAGGAACAGGAGCGACUUCGUUUGGAGAGGGAGCGGGAGCAGGAGCAGAAGAAGGCCAGGCUGGCACAUGCCCUGCCUGUGGAAGAACCCCGAAUUGAGGCACCACCCCUGCCCCUGUCUCCCCCUGCACCCCCACCAGCACCCCCACCACUUGCCACCCCCACCCCAUUGACUGUCAUUCCUAUACCUGUAGUGACCAACUCUCCCCAGCCUCUGCCCCCACCUCCACCACUGCCCCCUGCAGCUCAGCCUCUGCCCCUGGCACCUCGGCAGCCUACCCUGGUCAGCACCCCCGGACUCAGCAUUAAGGAGCCUGCCCCGCUGCCUGCCAGGCCUCAGGUGCCCACUCCUGCUCCCCUCCUGCCAGACUCCAAGACCACCGUUGCUCCCACUGGUAGCCCCAAGCCUUUGCAGCCCCUCCCCACGCCCAUCCUGACCAUAGCACCGCACCCCGGAGUCCAGCCUCAGCUGGCCCCCCAGCAGCCACCCCCGCCUACGCUUGGGACCCUGAAGUUGGCACCGGCUGAAGAAGUCAAAUCCAGCGAACAGAAGAAGAGGCCUGGGGGGAUCGGAACCAGAGAAGUCCACAACAAAUUGGAGAAAAACAGGAGGGCCCAUUUGAAGGAAUGCUUUGAGACCCUGAAGCGCAACAUCCCCAAUGUGGACGACAAGAAGACCUCGAAUCUGAGCGUGCUGCGGACGGCGCUGCGGUACAUCCAGUCUCUGAAGAGAAAGGAGAAGGAGUAUGAGCACGAGAUGGAGCGGCUGGCACGGGAGAAGAUUGCCACACAGCAGCGGCUGGCAGAGCUCAAGCAUGAGCUGAGCCAGUGGAUGGACGUGCUAGAGAUUGACCGUGUGCUCCGGCAGACGGGCCAGCCUGAGGACGACCAGGCCUCCACCUCGACAGCCUCUGAAGGUGAGGACAACAUAGACGAGGAUAUGGAGGAGGACCGGGCAGGCCUAGGCCCAUCUAAGCUGAGCCAUCGCCCCCAGCCGGAGCUGCUGAAGUCUGCCCUGCCUCCCCCCAGCACCGCCCCAACGCCCUUGCCUCCCCACUCACACCCGCACUCGCAUUCUCACCCAGUGGCGCUGUCUCCUGCCCAUCUGCCCGUGCAGCCGCAGCCUCCACAGCAGAAGACCCCUCUGCCAGCUCCUCCUCCCCCACCAGCCACCCCAGCCCAGACACUGGUACCAGCUCCUGCUCAUCUGGUGGCCGCAGCCGGGGGUGGCUCCACGGUCAUUGCUCACACGGCCACCACGCACGCCUCAGUCAUCCAGACUGUGAACCAUGUUCUGCAGGGGCCGGGGGGCAAGCACAUCGCCCACAUCGCCCCCUCGGCCCCCAGCCCUGCUGUGCAGCUGGCACCUGCCACGCCCCCCAUUGGCCAUAUCACAGUACAUCCUGCCACCCUCAACCAUGUGGCCCACCUUGGCUCACAGCUGCCCCUGUACCCACAGCCCGUGGCAGUGAGCCAGCCCGUGGCUGUGAGCCACAUUGCCCACACACUCUCACACCAGCAAGUGAACGGCACAGCAGGGCUGGGGCCCCCAGCCACAGUCAUGGCAAAGCCAGCUGUGGGGGCCCAGGUGGUGCACCACCCCCAGCUGGUAGGCCAGACAGUGCUCAACCCUGUGACCAUGGUCACUAUGCCCUCCUUUCCAGUCAGCACGCUCAAGCUGGCUUGAGGAUGAGGCCACUCAGAGGCCCCUAGUGGGGGCAGGGAGGGGCAUCUGUUCCCCACUCUCCCACCCACCAGCUCCACACAUUCCAGCCAGGCCCAUGCCCGCCCCACCCCCAGGCCUCCUAGGGGAAGGGGGUGCAGAGACUCUGAGCCAGGGGAGUGAGGUGCCCCCAGGGAGUUGGGUGCAGGACAGGGGUUACUGUGCUGCACCAGGACUCGAUAAAAUGAUUGGUAAAGAUGCACAUGGACUUGCCACCCGUCCGGCCUGGUGCCAGCUCCAUUGCGCUCCUGCCUCCCUACCCUGUACCCUGAAAUCAGUGUGAAGUGCUGUCAUGUUCUCUGGCUUCUCCCUCCCCUGCCCCCUUCCUGUGCUGCUGCUGCUAUUGCUGUGUCUGGUGAGGUGACUGAGUGCCCAGGCCUCUCCUCUCCAGCCUCAGUGUUUUCCUAGGCCUUUGGAUGGAUGGGGGGCAGGGGACACAACAGAAGUCACUUGGCAGGAAAGCUGGGUGGAGAUGGGGUUUAAUGAGGGGUCCUGCUCUGAGUAAUGGGGACAGAUCCCAGGACAUGGCUGGUCUGGAGUUUUGUCCAGAUAAGUGGGUGCCCGGGCCUCUGGCCCACUUACAGUUGCUGUGACUUGAUAACAGUAGAAACUACUUAAAACAGUUGUCUGUCCACAAUAAACGAACCUGGGCUGUUUCGAGGCUUCCCAACUCCUGCUGCUGGACUCCUGGCCUCCUGAGGACAGGCUGAGACUGGAGCUCAGGAAGGUAGAGCUUGGCUAGCAUGUGAACCAGCCCUCCACACAGCCAGGGUGUGGAAGGAGCACUGCUCUGGACCUGUCCUAGUCCUUGGGCUUGGCAUUUUACCGCUACAAGGUGGUGAAGAGGCGGGUCCAGUGUUCACUCUCCUGGUUCCCCAAUUUCUGCUCAGUGUGGCACAUUUCCCCAAGGAAGGGGGCUGUGGACAGCUCUCCAGCCUGGGAGGCUGGGACCUGCAGCUGAGCCUGAUCCUAAAAACUGAGGAGCCACAUUGUCAUUGAGACAUCAGGAAGUUAAAAUGCAGGUGCUUGGCCAAAUCCCUAAGCCCCUUCCCAGAAAGGGCCUAUAGAGGGUAGCUGGGCCAAAGCUGGGAAUUACCGAGAGGAGUGACUGCCUGUGUCACCUUCUUCAGGGCCCCAUUUCUGCAGUGGGCAGUGUAGGUGUGAGAAAAGGGCCUUGGUUGGGCUAAGCACAGGGCGAGCUUGGGGUAGGAAGUGAGGGGCCCUGAGCUGGGGGACGCUGUGGUCCUUGCCUCUGCAGACUGCUUUGGCUUUUAUGUGGGUAUUUAUUACAAGUGGCCUUGUGUCAGACACACUCAGUUACAUGCACGCAUGCACAUUCAGCUGCCCACUGGACACUCACCAAUGGCCUUUCAGUGUAAGGGGAGGAAGCCAGUGUUCUAGAUGUGCAGUUUGCACUUUGGAAAGGGGGUAGGUGAGGAAACCAGGAGGGGAGAACUCAGGAUCCUCUAGGGUGCCUUGCUGGCAGGCACUGAGGAGGCUGGCACGGGUCUCCAACACUUUGUCUCUUGAGAUAACUCCUUGGAGGCCUAGGGAUUCCCAGUUCUUGGAGACUCCCCAGGGGAUGUCUGUCUCUCCUGAGGAGGGUAAAGGGCAACCUAAGAUUAGGUCUCCACCCUGCUGCCCCAGCCUAACCAUCUCAGCCCCCAAGCUGGCUGUCUUCCUGUAGCUGCGGCCACCUCCACCUUGGCUCUGGGGGCUGGUUCCACUGUCCUUGUGACAAUGGGAAGCAGUCUGGUGCUGGCAGUCAGAGAACUUUGGGGAACCUGCCCCACCCCUUCACUUCUCCCUUCAUCCUGAGGACAGUUCCAGAGUUCAGACCACCUUGUUGGCCAGUUGCCCUCAGGCUGCACAGAUACCUCAUCAUCGCCAACUCUCCCCAUGCCCCUCCCCCAAGUGGGGGUGUCCAAAUCUAGUGCCGAAUGACUACGUCCAGAUUGGUGACGAUGGGUGUUGUUGCUGUUGUUUGUGUUGUUUGUGAACGCUGUGACGCCGUGUGCCCAAGUGGGCAGCCACCUCCCAACCCUUCCUUGGGCAUCUCCCCCGAGAGCUGUUAGGACCAUAUCUGUCCUCACCCUGUGGGACCGCCUGGCCCUUCCCUCCCUAGCCCUUCCAGCCUGGGACAGACACACAACCUUACCUCUCAUGCUUGUACUUAACCUUGGGUGUUCAGAGUGGCUUGCUGGCUGGGAGUCUUUACCUCGGGGAGAGGGGGAGGGUGGUUCCUUGGGGGGCCAAAGAAGGGCAGGGAAUGCCUGGACUGCAGCGGGUCAACCAGAACCCCUGCUCUCUGGAAACAGCUGCUUCUCCCCCAUCCCAGGGUCCCAUCCCCAACCCCCAAAGAGGUGGCCCUUGUUUACAGUGAGGACUCGGUCACUGUGUCUCCGUUUCCUGAAAUAUAAACUGUAGCGACCCCAGACUGUAGAGAUUUUUAUGUGUUUGGAUACAUCUGCUGUGUGGGAAAAAAAUACAAAAACCCUAAUUUUGUACAUAUUGUAUUUUUACUAUUGAACUGUAUUCUAGUGGCUGUUCAUGCUCCAGGACUUUAGGUAUUGAGACAUGAAUACUAUCCAUGUAAUAAGCACUUGCCUGGAAUAAAAUAUAAAGCUGAAAUAAAACUGCACUGAAAUCUGAAA